UUCCACUGCCUCUUUAUCCUCUUCGUGAAGUUCAUAGCCAUUUCGAAUUCUGAUGCUUGUCGGUGGAAAAUGCUUCUGUCAAUCCCACCAAAUGGACAGUCUAUUCCGGUGGAAAUCAAGCAUGAAACAUUCCAUGCCCGUCAAAGUGGGCUUCUUCACUUGCUGAGCAACUGUACUGAUUUGUCGAGACUCAAGCAAAUACACGCUCAGGCACUUCGCACCUUCUCCACCCACAAAUCUUCUCUCUUCCUCUUUAGCCGAAUUCUUCACGUUUCUUCACUAACUGAUUUUGAGUAUGCCUUACGUGUUUUUGAUCAAAUCGAUAGCCCUAAUUCGUUCAUGUGGAACACUCUAAUCGGAGCCUGUGCACGGAGCUUGGACCGGAAAAAGCAGGCGAUUGAACUCUUCUACAGAAUGUUAGAAGAAGGCUCAGUUGAACCAGAUAAACAUACUUUUCCUUUUCUUCUUAAAGCGUGUGCUUACGUAUUCGCUUUAUCUGAAGGGAGACAGGCGCAUGCUCAUAUCGUUAAACGUGGGUUAGAUUCGGAUGUUUAUGUUGGCAAUAGCUUGAUUCAUUUAUAUGCUUCUUGUGGAUGUUUGAGUUUAGCACUGAAGGUGUUCGAGCAAAUGCCUCACAGAAGUUUGGUUUCGUGGAAUGUGAUGAUUGAUGCAUAUGUUCAACGUGGGCUUUUUGAAAAUGCUCUCAAGCUAUUCGCUGAAAUGCAGGACACUUUUGAGCCCGAUGGCUAUACAAUGCAGAGCAUAAUUAGCGCUUGUGCCGGUAUUGGAGCUUUAUCUCUGGGGAUGUGGUCUCAUGCUUAUGUGUUGAGGAGGACCGGUGGUGCUAUGGCUGGUGAGGUCCUGAUCAACUCCUCACUGGUGGAUAUGUACAGCAAGUGUGGUUCUUUGAGGAUGGCUCAGCAGGUCUUCGAGACAAUGCCCAAACGUGACCUGAAUUCGUGGAAUUCAAUGAUUCUAGCACUCGCCAUGCAUGGACGGGCGGAGGCUGCCUUGGGAUGCUUCUCUCGGUUGGUUGAAACGGAGAAGUUUCUGCCCAACUCUGUCACGUUUGUAGGUGUUCUUAGUGCAUGUAACCACAGAGGUAUGGUUACUGAAGGCCGGAAAUAUUUUGAUAUGAUGGUUAAUGAAUACAAGAUUGUACCCCGGUUGGAGCACUAUGGAUGCCUUGUUGAUCUCUUAUCACGCUCUGGUUUCAUUGAUGAAGCUUUGGAGUUGGUGACAAAUAUGCAUAUAAAACCAGAUGCAGUGAUCUGGAGGAGUCUUCUUGAUGCUUGCUACAAGCAGAAUGCUGGCGUUGAGCUGAGCGAAGAAGUGGCCUUGCAGAUUCUUCAAUCUGAAACAACAGCUUCUAGUGGUGUUUAUGUGCUGUUGUCAAGAGUCUAUGCUUCAGCACACCGGUGGAACGAUGUUGGGUUAGUUAGGAAGGCGAUGGCCGACAAGGGUGUGGCAAAAGAGCCUGGCUGCAGUUCGAUAGAAAUAGAUGGUGUUAGCCAUGAGUUUUUUGCAGGAGACACAUCUCACCCCAAGAUAAAAGAGAUCUAUGCUGUUAUUGAUUUGAUUGAGGAAAAACUACAGAAGCAUGGCUAUUCACCUGACUAUUCACAGGCAACCAUGGUCGACGACCCCGAUACCGUCAAACGGCAGUCACUUAAGUUGCAUAGUGAGAGAUUCGCCAUUGCUUUUGGGCUACUAAACUUGAAACCUGGGAUGCCAAUACGCAUAUUCAAGAAUCUUAGAGUAUGCAACGACUGCCACCAGGUAACCAAGUUGAUUUCUCGAAUUUUUAACGUAGAGAUUAUCAUGAGAGAUCGUAAUAGGUUUCAUCAUUUUGAGAAUGGCAUGUGUUCCUGCAUGGACUUCUGGUGAUUUAUUCAAGAACCUGCAGUUUUUUCUUUAAACAU